GCUCCUGUCAACAUGGCAGCGGCGGGCGGGCAGCGGUGGCAGCAGCAGCAGAUGCUCCUCGGGGCGGCAGCAGUGGUUGCGCUGGUUCUGGCGUCGGAUGCGGUUUUUGUGGAGGAUCUAGAUGAAUCGUUUAAAGAAAACCGUAAAGAUGAUAUUUGGCUUGUAGAUUUUUAUGCUCCUUGGUGUGGCCACUGCAAAAAAUUGGAACCUGUGUGGAAUGAAGUUGGUAUAGAAAUGAAAAACAUGGGCUCUCCAGUAAAAGUUGGGAAGAUGGAUGCAACUUCCUUUUCUAGUAUUGCAUCUGAAUUUGGAGUGCGAGGUUAUCCAACAAUUAAGCUCUUAAAAGGUGAUUUGGCGUACAACUAUAGAGGACCUAGAACCAAAGAUGAUAUAAUUGAAUUUGCUAAUAGAGUAGCAGGACCUCUAAUCAGACCACUUCCUAGCCAGCAUAUGUUCGAGCAUGUGCAAAAGAGACAUCCUGUACUUUUCGUGUAUGUUGGUGGGGAAUCUCCUUUAAAGGAAAAAUACAUUGAAGUUGCUUCAGAACUAAUUGUUUAUACAUACUUUUUUUCUGCCUCAGAAGAUGUACUAUCUGAGUAUGUGACAUUGCCUGAAUUGCCUGCUGUUGUGGUCUUCAAAGAUGGAACUUACUUUGUAUAUGAUGAGUAUGAAGAUGGUGAUCUGUCAUCCUGGAUAAACAGAGAAAGAUUUCAAGGUUAUCUUAAUGUAGAUGGCUUUACGUUGUACGAACUUGGAGAUACGGGAAAACUCGUGGCUAUUGCAGUCAUUGAUGAUAAAAACUCUUCAGUGGAACAUACUAGAUUAAAAUCUAUUAUUCAGGAAGUUGCUAGAGAUUAUCAGGACCAUUUUCACAGGGAUUUCCAAUUUGGCCAUAUGGAUGGAAAUGAUUACAUUAAUAGCUUACUAAUGGAUGACUUGACAAUCCCCACUAUUGUAGUAUUGAAUACCUCCAAUCAGCAGUAUUUUUUACCGGAUAAGCACAUCGAGAACACAGAAGACAUGGUUCAAUUUAUUAACAAUAUCUUGGAUGGUACAGCUGAAGCACAGGGUGGUGAUGGUGUUCUGCAACGAAUCAAGAGAAUAAUCUAUGACGCCAAGUCCACUGUAGUUUCUGUGUUCAAGAGUUCACCGCUUCUGGGAUGCUUUCUUUUUGGGUUGCCUUUGGGAGUCAUCAGCAUUAUGUGCUAUGGAAUCUGCACAGCUGAUACAGAUGGAGGGAUAGAUGACAGUGAGGCAACUAAAAAGGAAAAUGAUGAUCAGGAGUUCACAGAUGAAGGCAGCGAGGAAGAACAAGAAGGGGAAAAGAAUGAAAAAUGCACAGAACUUUCAGAUGGAGAGCUUAAACAGAAAAACAUAUUAGAAAAGAAAAAAGACUAAAUUGUUUAGCAGAAGAAUUCUCUAGAAUUUCCAAAUAGACUUGUUUAUUGAAGGUAGUCAUUUAUUGAUGAUCUUCAUGAAAGAGGACCUUUCUGUCUGUAUUAUGGUAGUUUUGAUUUGCAUGUAUUCAACUGUUUUCAGGUAUUGUCAAGGGAAAAAAAAAGAAAUUGGAAGUUCUCUCAAUUGUCUGUAAUAGAUCAUCAAAAAGCAGUGUAAAGAGCGGGUAUGACUAUGCUAUUUUUUGAAAAGUUUUGUGGAUUGUACAUUAAAACAGUGAAAUAAAGAUGAUAAUAUUUGACUUUAGUUUACAUGAUGAACAUAAUAAUACCUUGCUAAACACUCUGUAAAAUUAAUGCUGGAAACCAAGAAAGAUUGAGAUCUAUAAAGUCUUUAAGAAGCUGAUAGCUAAGACAGCUUAGAGUUUUCCAAAAAGUCACUUAUUUUACUGGUUGCACAUUAUUUUGGAAGAAAUACUUUUUUUUUAAUUUUAUAUAAAGUUAAAAGUAAAUUGUUAUGAAUUAGAAGACUUGUAUUGCUUUAAUAUAUUUACUGGCAGUUAAUGUCUACUUGAUAGAGAGAAUAUGGGAGUUAUAUGUUAAAAUACCUUUACUAGAGCUUUAUGCAGUUAGAAAUUACUGGAGAGCUAUGUUGUAAACUUCUCUUUAGAACAGGAUUAUCUGUUAAAUUUUUUUGUGUAAGUACACGCAUUUUUAAUGCAAAUCAUAUUAUCUUAACAUUUUCUGAAUCCACAGUGCAAUUUGAUGAACGAAGACUUAAAAAUAAGCACCUGUUAAGUGUUUUGCAUAAAUCUAAUGACAAACUAUUUUGAAUGGUGAAAACUUGUUUACAAUGUUAGAGUCAGAUUGUUACAUAUCUUUGAGGUUGUUGAUGCUGAUAUUUUUGAGACUGUUACCUACAGAGUUAGUGGAGCAUAACCUUAACAUUCAUAGGAAGAAGGGUGUUUUGUCUGUGUAAUGCAUUUUCACUAUAGUCAUAAAAGUCAUUUUUAGUACAACUCUGUGACUGUGAAAAGGGCUGACUUGUCUCCAGGAUUAAAAUCUUCAAGGAAAAGCUGUAAGGAACCUUUUGGUGUUGAUGCCAUGGAGAGUGCCAUAGGAGGGUAGAAAAGAAAAAAGCUUGUGUUGCUUCUCUGUAUCCAUGGACCUUUUUUUGUUGUUUUUAAUAUACAGAUUUUUCUUGUCAUCUGUAUAUUGCAGUUUGAUCACAUAAGAAAUUACAGUGUAGCACAAAAUUAAAUAAUGUUAAAUAUGACUGUAGGUAAACCUGAAUAUCUUUUAAGUUGGUGUAAAACUUUUGAUGAUAUAAAUCCUAAAUGGGAAAGAUGUACCUUUUCUUUUUAGGAAAAAUUACAAAAUUUUAUUCUGUUUAAGUAGUUUGGUAAGAGUUGGCUUCAUGUUGCAGUGCAUAGUACAGUAAGUAGAUGCCUCACUUCAGAGAUACUUGUUAUCAAGUAGUGUAAACUUAAGUCUGAGGAGAUCAGGAAAUUUUUUCAGAAAAACUCCUGUCUGAAUUAGUCCAACUUUUUUCCUUUGAGGAGGAGAGGAGAGAAUGAGGCUACAAAAUAUUGAAUAGCAGGUAUCUGAUGUGGCUUUUCUUCCUUUUUGUUUUCUUUUUUUUUCCCUUUGUGAUUUACCUUUUUUCAUUUUUUGCCAUAGUAAAUUUGCUUAGUUGGUUGUAAAUAGGUACUUGAGUUUUCUUGCUUAUUAUUAUUAUUAUUAUUUCUUUAGAUCUGCAAAAUACUUUAAGAUAUAGUUUUAGCGUAUCUUUGAAGAGUGAGAAGCUUAAAUGUGCUUAGAAACUUCUUUUAACAUUACAUAGAUGCACUUAAGUUAUGUGGUAAAAAAAAAGAAAAUCAAUGACAAGCCUGUAAAUUUCUUUGGAUUCAGUGCAAUUCCGUGUGAAUAGUCAACAUGUAGAACUAUUAAGGAGGUAAGAUGUUAAUUUAUCUGUAAUUUGCCUCUCUUAAUAAGGUCUCAAGGACAAAUCAGUUUCUUAUUUAAUUUUGGGUCAGUCUGAACCUGCAGCUUUUGACUUUCUAUAAAACUGAAGUGGUCUCUGGAAUGCUGCCUUUCAUUAUAUUGUAUUUUAUUAAAAAAAAAAAAAAAAAGAGACUUCUAAAUUCUGAAUUUUGCUGCACUACAAAGAACUGUUUCAACUGCAAGCCUCCAUUUUUUGUAGUUAUUUAUGUUUGUAUUUUGACUGUAAAGUCAAAAGAGCCAAGUACCUUGCUGAGAAAUCUUCUGAGGCGUGGACCUGAAAAUGGUAAAUACUGAGACACAGAUCACACUGGGAUCUGCUACAACUGCAAUAUUUAACUACAACUGUAAUAUUUAACUGAUAGACUUAUGAAAAAGUAUGUCAUGUCACUUCUGAAUUUUAGUAUCAAUCGGAUGUGUACAAAAUGGUUGAAAAUCAAACUUGAAAUGUACUGCCAUUUUCAACAAAUCUGUCUCCUAGCUAUGUUUAUCAAAGAAUAGGGGAGAAGAAAAUCCUAAGUCAUAUACUGGAUCUGAAAAGUGGUAAGAACUUAAGGGAUUUACUUUGAUUUUUGGAAAUAAUUUAGAAUGCUAUCUGAGCAGAAUGUGGCAUUUUAUUUUUUCUUGGAUCUCUAAAGGUUUCUUAAAGCAACUUCACUGUAAUAAAUUCUUUGAGUUCACAAAAUAAUGCUGCUUUUUGGAGUCAAGUGUAAGCCUUUUUUUCUGUAAUAAAAACAUUGAAAAGAA